UUAAAAUGGGAUACUUCUUCGAUAUCUCACAUUUACAAGAUAUUCUUCCUUCUCAUCCAUUGCUGAUCAAAGAAGAAGAAGGUGAAGAGUUCUCUCAAAAGAUAGAAAGAGCUAGGGCUUUGUUAUGGCUUCCAAGCGUAUCUUGAAAGAGCUCAAGGAUCUCCAGAAAGAUCCUCCUACCUCAUGCAGCGCAGGUCCGGUAUCUGAUAACAUGUUCCACUGGCAAGCAACUAUAAUGGGUCCUCCCGACAGUCCUUAUGCUGAAGGAGUUUUCCUGGUUACUAUUCAUUUCCCUCCAGAUUAUCCAUUUAAACCGCCUAAGGUUGCAUUCAGAACAAAGGUUUUCCAUCCCAAUAUCAACAGCAAUGGUAGCAUAUGCCUUGAUAUUCUGAAAGAACAGUGGAGCCCUGCUCUCACUAUUUCCAAGGUAUUGUUGUCAAUAUGUUCAAUGCUGACUGACCCAAACCCUGAUGACCCAUUGGUGUCGGAGAUUGCUCAUAUGUACAAGACAGACAGGAAUAAGUACGAGAGUGCGGCCAGGAGCUGGACCCAGAAAUAUGCCAUGGGCUAAACAGGUCAAUGUUUUACUUUAUUUGUGUUUUCAAUUUACUUGUCAAGGGGAUUCUAGUGUCCUAAACCUGCUUUAUGCAUAAAAAAAAAUAGAGUGUAUGAAUUUAUGUCUUAACAGGUCAUGAAUUCGAGUAUUUAAUAAGUCAGGAUUUAUAAAAAUAUAUAAAGAAAAGAAAGAAAGAAAGGGGGGAUGAACAUAACCGUAUUUCACCCUUUUUUUAGAUAAUGCCUAGAAAUGAUGCUACUGUCACCAUCCUAUAGCCCUCCUUUUUGUUUU